UUCAAUCCUUUUGCUAAUUAUAUCACCUACCUACUUCAUCAUUAUCUUCGAUCUUUACAGUCACCCUCUUUUUGUUCAGCCCUGGUUUCGUUCCAAUGGCUCCACGACGUCACAACAUCGGUGCUAGCCGCCGAAGGAGAAGGGACGAGGAAGGUGAAGAUGAGGGCUCAUUGGAUGGCGAACUGGAAGAUGACUCUCUCAGUGAAGGCUCGGUGAUCAGCCAUCCAGAUGAAGAUGACGCCGAUGGAGAAGGUAGCGAUGAAAGCGACAACGAGCUCCGGACAUCUUCGCACCCUCAUACCUCACACCCCAAUGGGCGCAUGCUCAAAGCAAACCAUAAAUUGGGACGCCGCCACUCGUCAUCCCCAGCGAAGCGGCUGAUCGCCAGCACCGUGUCAGAUACCGAGGCUAUGAUGAACGGCAUGAAAUUAUCGGAGGAGCCGACACCAGAGGCGGGAAUUCAUUUCGAUGACCUGGAGGGGGAGCUCGGCCCUCCGGUAGGACGGACGCCAUCGGCACCACCGUCUGAACCGAGAAGGGAGGCAGCUGCGGAGGUGAAGCGUCGGGAGCAGGAGAAACACACAACCAAGGACAAAGAUGCGAACCCUGCUCUGGUGCCCUCCCGAGGGAGUUUUUUCCUUCACGAUAAGCGUUCCACCGAGACGGUGACGAAUGGCCACAAGACCUCCAUGAAAUCGAAAACCAGACCGUAUGGACUCAUUGUGGAUGGUAAUGUGCGCAGACAUAAUGUCAAGCCGGAUACGAGCGAAGGACAAUGGGCGCACGAUCUUCAUGAUACCGUCGCUGGGGGCCGUUCAUCGACAGCCAAGGUCUCAACCGCUUCAACCGGGUUCUCGAAUUAUCCACCUCGGCCUGUUCCCACGGCCCCUAGGUCAUCGCCCCCAAAUCGAUCUUUUUCGAGCACUACGUUACUUGGGAAUGUGCCCGUGGUUGUUCUCCUGCCAGGCAUGGACCGGCCCAUUUCUUAUCCAUCUGUAUCGAAGAAACAACACACCCGACUCCCUCAGCAUCGCCCUCCUCUUCGCCGCGAUAAGCCUGUCCGGAUCUCGCUUCCGGGCCAACCGCCUCGAUACAUUUUCCCCGCCAUCGAGCGGUCCUUCAUCUUCAUCCCACGGGCGCUGCGGCCGAACCAGCAGGCCUUCCGCGGGCGUCGUGGCGGCUUCAUGACGGGGCGCCGUCCCAGCAUCUAUGCAGGUUCGACGUACGCCCCCAGUGUCAGUAUCAGCCGGCGGUCAUCCUUGGGCAAGCCGCCCUCACAGGAGGGAUGGCACUCGCCGGCAGGCUCAGUCUUCUCACGGCAUACCAUCAUCACCACCGAGAAUGGGAAACCGGUCGUCCGCCUCCCUCCUCCACGACCGCCUCUAGGGAUUCCACACGUCCCUGCUGGCCCAGUGGUUGCUUCGUCGGCAUUACCACCUCCUCUGCCUCCUCAACCGCAACCUCGCGCAUAUCGUGAGAGCCGCCCGGCUCCCAUUCCGAUGCAUCAGCCUCGUCCUCAAAAAGCUGUUUCCGUUGCCGACAUUGAAACGCCGGCAAGCUUCCCCUUCAAUACGCCCCAGCCUCAACAGGAACAGCCGUUCCACCACCAGGUGCCAAUGCCUGCCAAUGGGCCUGUCUAUGGUCCGGAAGCCUCUACCCACGUGCCCCCUGCUCACGCGUCUGCGACUCCUGUGUCUCAUAUCCCCGACCGCGCCAUCCAUGCCCAGCCGUUUCAACCCUACGGUUUCCAACAAGCCCAGAUAUACUAUCCUGCAUCGUACCCGGCUGGCGCCGUCUAUUAUCCUAAUUCUGGUACGGACUACGCCCCAUUCAACGGGGCUGGAGGUCCAGGGGCCUCCGCGCCGCCCUUCCCGCAGGGGCAACAUGGCCCUCCCUAUAUGGUGCCUCCGGCGCCUUCGUCGGGCGAACAAGCAUCACAGCCAGGUACGGUUGCUCAUGAAGCUGGAGGGACGGUCUAUUUCUACGAUGCCAACCAGAUGUAUCCCAACUCAUCAUACGGGUUGCCCAGUGCUCCGGGGCCGGGUGGAGUGGUUGGCAUGGGUGGGAUGUUGACGCCCCCAGGAGCAACUUAUUACUAUCCGCAGUCCCAAAACGGUGUUUACUACUCUGCGCAGUGAUCCCCACGCCGA